GUCAAAAUUACGUCAAAUUCCACAAAUUCUCAACUUUGCAUUUCUCUUUUGUUGCCGCUUCUAAAAAAUUAAAUGUUUUUCAUGCCUCAAAAUCUUUUAACAAGUAAUUUUACUCUCUAACCAAGUUAAUGAAUAUUUUAUGUAAAUUUUUUCUAAAAGGUAUCAAAAGGAGGAAAAUACGACGAAACCCGGUUUCCAAUGACCAGAUCAUUUAAUUCAUUUCAUGUACUUGCAAUUGCUAAAUAAAAUAUUCAUCAAAAAUGCCAACAGCUACAGUUGGUAGCUUACAACUACCAAAUAAUGAAGAUUGUGGAAUCAGAGAUGUUUGGGCUCAUAACUUAGAAGAUGAAUUUCGCACUAUCAGACAGAUCGUUCAGAAAUACCAGUAUGUUGCCAUGGAUACUGAAUUUCCAGGAGUUGUGGCUCGGCCUAUAGGGGAAUUUAGAAGUUCGGCUGAUUAUCAGUAUCAAAUGUUAAGAUGUAAUGUUGAUUUGUUAAGAAUAAUACAACUUGGUCUUACAUUCUUAGACGAUAAUGGCAAGACACCUGGUGGAUCAUACACUACAUGGCAAUUUAACUUUAAAUUUAAUUUACAAGAAGAUAUGUAUGCACAAGACAGUAUAGACCUGUUAACCAACUCCGGAAUCCAAUUUAAAAAACAUGAAGAUGAGGGUAUUGAGCCAUUAGAAUUUGCCGAACUACUUAUGUCUUCUGGCAUUGUUUUAAUGGAUAAUAUCAAAUGGUUAAGCUUUCAUUCGGGGUACGAUUUUGGAUAUCUGAUCAAAUUACUUACCGAUAAUAACUUGCCUCAAGAUGAAAACGAAUUUUUUGACUUGUUGAAAUUGUACUUUCCAACAAUAUAUGAUGUUAAGUACCUCAUGAAGUCUUGCAAAACUUUAAAAGGGGGUUUACAGGAGGUAGCUGAGCAACUUGAGUUGGAACGUGUAGGACCCCAACAUCAAGCUGGAUCUGAUUCUCUACUUACUGGAAUGGCCUUUUUCAAGAUGAAGGAGAUGUUUUUUGAGGAUACUAUUGACGAUUCUAAAUUUUCUGGUCACCUGUAUGGUCUUGGAACAUCAUUCGCUGUGAAUGGAACAAAUAAUUACCCACCUGAUAAUGGAGAUAAUGCAAACUCAGCAUAACUGAAUCAAGGAUUUUUGGCAAAUUUCUGAAAAUGAGAACUGUACAUAAAUAAAUUUUUUUAAUGCUGUUCUGUAGUGGCAAGGCAAGACAUUUUUAUAAGUUUAUAAAUAGCAAUCAUCUUUUUUUUUUUGUGUUGAUUUUUAAUUGUUGAUAGAUUUAAAUAUGCAUUUAGACAAAGCCUGCAAAAACAAAUUUAUAUUUAUAUUGUAAUUCUAUAUUAGACCUUUAAAAAUUUUCAUUUUUAUAUCUUUUUUCAAGCAGUGUAAUAAAUGUAUCUUCUGUAUUUUUAACUGAGAAAAAUAUCUAAUUCUGAACUUGA